CUGGCCAAUUAAUUACAGAAGUUAGCGUAUUGCUAUUAGUGUUACGUAUUAGUUUAUGUUAUGGAUAUGAAUGUUAUAAAGUUCUUAGAACUAUAGUACAGUAAUAUUAAUAGCAGUUUUUACGCACCUUAUUUUUACGAAUCGGACGUAAGACUUGGAAUUCUAAUUCUUAACAAAAAAUAUAACAGGAAAUGGGAACGCCUACUAAGAGAAGCUUUCUGAACAGCUGUACUAGAUACAUGGUUUCAGUGUGUUAGCUAACCCCAGGUUAUAAUUACUUCUUCACAACAGAUGCAUAAGAGGAUUUUUCAUCUGGAUGAUAAAUGGUCAUAAACAUUGGGAAGCUUUGAAUUGGUGUCACAAACCACUUUGGGCAAAAUAAAUGAUUGGGAUCAUCUGUUCACUGACAUUACAUGUAUAACCUUUUCAUAUGACAUUAGCUGUAUUUAGUUAACGAUGGCAUCACCACAACAAAAAUAUAACCUUACAACCAUAGCUGAGUUAGCUGCUGACAAGAUAUUGGGACAGUCUUUUGGAGCAACAAGUCAAUUACAAUUUAGUGGACACUCAAGUACUUCAGAUCAAGAGUACAUUAUUAAUGCCAUGGAAUCAGAAGACAGCUAUGCUAAUUUUCCAACCCCAUUAAAUGAUUCAGUAUCAGAUGAAUCAAUAGAAGCCACAAACAUCAAUCAACCAAACACUGAGAAGGCAGAAAAGAAGCAACAUAAAACUUCAAAUUGUGAAACAAUGAUGCACUUAAUUAAAGGAAAUAUGGGAACAGGAAUUCUGGCCAUGCCUGAAGCUUUCUCUAAUGCUGGUAUACUGGUGGGGUCCUUAGGAAUACCUAUAAUGGGCUUAAUCUGUAUCCACUGUAUGCACAUUUUAGUAGCAUGUAGUCGAAGACUCUCUAAAAAAAUUGGAUGCCAGUCCUUAAACUAUUCCAGAGUAGCAUUGUAUGCCUUUAAAUAUGGACCAGAACCUCUUCCAAAGUUUGCUCGUAUUGCUAGAAAAACUGUAAAUGUGUUUCUGUUGUUGACUCAAUUUGGAUUUUGUUGUGUUUACUACCUGUUUGUGGCAACCAAUAUCCAGAAGGUAGUCUGUGACUGGGCUGACAGAGAUCCCAUUGGUAUUUAUGGGUACCUUGUCAUCAUAUUGCCAUUUAUGGUUAUAUUCAAUUUCAUCAAAAGUUUGCGAACUCUAGCAGUGGUUUCCACAAUUGCCAACAUUUUACAAAGUUUGGGUAUCUGCAUUAUUUUUUACAACCUGUUUCAAAACUUACCUUCUACUUCAUCAAGGCCAUUGUCAAUGCCACUAUCAACACUUCCACUAUACUUUGGAACUGCUAUGUAUGCAUUUGAAGGAAUAGGCAUUGUCCUUCCGAUAGAAAACGAAAUGAAAACACCCAAAGCAUUUGGAGGUUGGACAGGAGUCUUAAACACUGGGAUGGUUAUUGUUGCAUCUGUCUAUACUGCUAUGGGAUUCUUUGGUUUCUUGAAAUUUGGCAGUUCUGUUGAAGGAAGUAUAACACUGUCUCUUCCUGUAAAACCGUUGUAUGAUGUGGUGCGCAUAAUGUUUUCAAUUGCCAUCUUCCUUUCUUAUGCACUGCAGUUCUACGUGCCUAUGCAAUUUAUUUGGCCUUAUAUUCAGAAAAAGGGGAAAUUAUCUGAGAGGCUGUCAUCAAAACAAGAACAAAUGCUGGAGUAUGUUUUGCGAAUUGGUCUUGUAACUAUAACAUUUGGCUUGGCAGCAGCAAUCCCCAAACUAGAUCUUUUUAUUUCCCUGGUUGGAGCCCUUGCCAGCAGCAGUUUAGCACUAGUUAUUCCACCAAUGUUAGAGAUUAUAGUAUACAUGGAUUCAUCUAUGAGUACCAUAAGGUGGAUUCUAAUCAUCAUUAAGAAUUCUCUGAUUACUUUGUUUGGCUUGAUUGGCUUUAUGACUGGAACCUAUGCAAGCAUCAAUUCAAUCAGGGUUGCUUUUCAGAACCCUUAAAAUCACACUAAUUCAUGCUAAUAUAAUUACUUAUCUGUUUUGCUGUCCUGUGGGAUGUAUAUGUGUGUUACAUCAUAAAAUUUGACAAAGUACAUGAACUGUGUUGAGUCAAAAAUUUAGAUUUGUUCAUGUGUAAGUUGCUUUUAUAAUGAUGUUUAUUUUAUUUUAAUGAAAAUACUAGUUUUCAAAAAACAAAAGAUUUAUCUGUUUAAUAUAAAGUGUGAAAAUGUCAUUAGGGUUAACUGUAUUCAGUAUGUUACUCUUAUACAUUCUCAACUGUGAGUGAUAUACAUAACAUUAACUUUUGGUUUGCUAGCAACAUCCUUAAUUCCCAAUCAACUGAUACUAUAAGAAUGGAAUUAGUUCUUAAUUAUUACACUCUAAAUAUUUUUUAUUAUAGUUUGCAUAGUUAAACUCAAAAGAAAACUAUUGUGUGUAUGAAUUUUAUUUGAUAGCUAUGAGUUUCUUAUCUCAAUCUAAUAUCAGAAAUUUUCAACUUAAAAAAACUAGCAAAAGUUUGAGAUAUUUCCAAGUUCCAUUGGAUUGUGGUUGCUCAUACUAAUUCCACUCACCCCAACAUACUACAUAAUUAAUUUGCUUUGAUGUGAUAUCUAAAUAAAACAACAACUCUUUAUACAAAAUCUGAAGUUUAUUGGUUACUAUAAUGUUUUUACAUCCCUGCAAAAACUUGCACUGCUCUCUCAUAAGUAGUAAAAUUUCUCUCUUGUAAAACUUUCUCUUUUGCCACUAAUAUGUCUUUGUACAUCAAAGGUUAAGGACUGGAUAUGUGAGCCAUAUUUUUUUAUUUAUAAUUUCAUUGUAUAAGUCACUGGUUUGACCACAUUUGGAGUAUUGUGUUCAGUCGUGCGCUCCUUAUCCUGUGAAGGAUAUUGAGUUGUUGGAAAGGGUUUAGAGGAUGGUUACUAGAAUGGUGCCUGGGAUGGAGGGGUUGUCAUAUGAGGAGAGAUUAAGAUCUCUAAAAUUGUUUUUUUUUUCCUUGGAAAAAGAAGAGUGAUAAGGGAUCUGAUUAAGGUGUUUAAGAUUGUAGAAGGAAUUGAUAGUGUUGAUGCAUCAUCUUAUUUCAUACUUAAUGUGAAGAAUAAUAGAACUAGGGGAUAGAAAUAUAACUUUUGAUAAGGUAGGAAUCAUCUUUAGCUAAGACAGUUUUAUUUUCUAACUAGGUGGUUGGCCUCUAGAAUGGGUUACAUUUGGAUGUUGUGGAGGCAGUAAAUUUUAGCGAGUUUAAGAAAAAGCUUGAUAACUAUAUGAAUGAUAAUGGCUUGACUUACAAUUUGUUUUUUAAUUUAUUUUAUAGUUUAGUUUAGAGGAUGGGACAGCCAAGAUGAACCAAUAGGUAGGUCCUUUGUUGUCCCUAAAUAUUAUGUUAUGUUCUCCCCACUUCUUCCAGAUGCACUGUUAAAGCAUAAAACAAUCCCACGUUCCAGCUUUGUAACGUUGACACACUUUCACCAUUGAUAAGUCACCAUAAAGCAUCAUCUUUUUUCACAUUUAAAGCAAUAACCCUUACAACUCUAGUUGUAUCCACUGUUAUCCUUUAGAGUCAGAUUCCUGUUUGCUCCAAUUCCCACACAUAAUAUUUUAUAUUAAGUCAAGCCAAAAAGAUAAAUAAUGCAAUAUGUAGUGAAUGAAGCAACCUCAUGACAAAAAUAAAAUGGUAAAACCUAUAUUCAAUGAAACAUUUCCAUACCUUAAACAAUUCCAGAUUUUUAUUAAACUUUUUGUUUAAGAGUUUACCAUUUACUGUUUUAAUAUUUUGUUAAAGUCUUGUGAUUUUGUAAAAUAU